AUGACUGUUACAACAAGACCAGCAUAUAUGCUUAACAAAAGAGAUAGGAUAUUUACCAACAUAAAUGGUGUUGAUGAAAGUGAUCUCCAAUCAUGUAUGAAAAGAGGUGAUUGGAAUGAUACUCAAAAAAUUAUUGCAAACGGAAAGAAGUAUAUACUUGAUGAGGUCAGAAAAUCCGAAUUACGUGGAAGGAGUGGUGCCGGAUUGCUUACUUACAAAAAAUGGGAAGAAAUUUUAACUUCCAAACAGCUUCCUCAUUACUUAUGCAUAAAUGGUAAUGAAAGUGAGCCUGGUACAUGUAAGGAUCGCCAAAUAUUACAAAAUGAACCACAAAAAAUCAUCGAAGGCGCAUUUCUUGCUUCAUACGCUUUAGAUGUUCAUAGAUGCUAUGUAUAUGUUCGUGGACAUUACACAAAAGAAGCCAAGAGAUUACAAUUAGCCAUUGAUGAAGCUAAAAAAGCCAACUUAAUCGGCAAAAAUAAUAAAUUUGGUUGGGACUUCGAGAUAAACGUCCAUCCAGGUGCAGGUGCAUAUGUAUGUGGUGAACAGACAGGUUUAAUGACCUCUCUUGAAGGAAAUCCAGGCACUCCGCGCCAAAAACCACCACAACCAUUUGAAAAAGGACUUUUCCAAUGUCCGACUGUUGUUGAUAACGUCGAAACCAUUUCCACAAUAUCCUCUAUCUGUAGAAGAGGCGGAAAGUGGUUCUCUUCUCUCGGAAUUCCUGGUUCUCGUGGUCCAAAAAUUUACCAAAUAUCAGGACACGUAAACAGGCCAUGUAUUGUCGAAGAAACUCUUGGAAUGUCACUGAAAGAAUUGAUAGAUGUCCAUGGAUCUGGUGUACGAGGUGGCUGGGAUAAUUUACAAUGCAUUAUUCCAGGAGGAACAUCAUGUCCGCCAAUAACAAAGGAACAAGCGAAAAAUGCUAUUCUUGGCUUCGAUGAAAUGAGUAAAAUCGGUUCUGGAUUAGGCACUGGUUCUUUAGUUGUUAUUGAUAAUACGGCAGAUAUUGUAGAAGUAUACAGACGCAUUGCCAAUUUCUACAAAGAUGAAUGCUGUGGGCAAUGCAAACAAUGUGUUGAAGGAACAGAAACAAUGGCUGAGAUAUUUGAUAAAAUUGCAAGAGGAAAAGGUACAAAGGAUGAUGUUAAACAUCUUGAGGAAGUUGCUUUUGGAAUGAAGAAGUAUAUUUGUUCAUUUUCUGUUGGUGCUUCUGAUCCAAUUCGUGGAUUCCUCAAGGUUUUCAAGAACAAGCUUCUUGAAAGAUGCAUUCACUAA